CCGUCGGGCCACCGCGGGCCCUGCCGCCGCUCCCCGUCGCCGCACCGCAGCCGGAGGUUGCCAUCGCCGCCGGGAGGAGCGGGGCUCGGCGGGCCUCGGGGCCGCCGCGGCAGCGAGCACGGAGACGGCGGCAGCAGCCGGGUAAAUACUGCCGUACACCGAGGGGCUCGGUGCGGGCCCUGCCCCCUCCCCUGGCGGCUGUCAGAGCCCCAGACGCGGCGUGGCCAGGUCCUUGCAAAAUUACACCGGUACCGGGCUCUCCCUGUGCGGAGGGAGAGCGGCAGUUUCCCCCCUAUUCCUUAGAGAGCCUAAUGGGGAAAAAAAUUAUUGAUUUCCAUUUUAAGUGAUGUUUUCUCACUCGUUUCCAUUGCAUUUUUAUUUGUCUUACUGGCUAGAGCCAUUUUAGAGAAGAUUUGAAGAUGAUGCUGUCUUUUCACUAAGUCAGAGGAUGUAAUUUUCCUCCAUUCAACACAUUGGGUUGUGUUACUACAUAAAUAUCGUUUAACUUAUGGGAAUAUAACUUUUUAGAUAGCAUAAAUUGAACGAGUACUUUGUCUGAAUUCUUUCUGCUGUCACGGCGGGUGUACAAAGAGGACUGUUACUGAUUUAUAUCUUUGAGAGGUAUUCUUUGGUAGGCACUGCCUUGUAGUUGAGGCUGUGCACAGGGUGUUCCAAUCUUCUCACUUUGUCUUGGCAAAGUCUGAUUUGGGCAUGAGAAGCUCUGUUUUGGUAUCUGUGCUGGAUGGCAUCUUGGAUGCAGACACCUUCGUAAUAAAUCAAAGUGUGAGUGUGUGAAGACUUUUUUUUUGUGUGUGUGUGAGUGGGAUUCGCUCACUUAGGUUUUAUCUUCUUGCUCCUUGGUGCAGUGAUUGUUUUGUCUGGUGACUUUGAGCUGUGGAGUUCAUUGUGUGUUUGAACUACUAUGAAAGAAGAGAUUUUCAUAGUGGGGUAUUCCAGGCAGUGGUUGCAUGGUCACUCAAUCCAGCACAUAUACAGUUGCUAAAAACUGUAUAGUUGCCUUUCCCUCUUGCUCUGCAGUAUAUUCUGCCCUCUCCUGUGUGCUCAGGCGUGGAUUUGUGAACUGCAGGGUGGGCUGAUGUGAGGAAACGAUGUAACUGAAAGUCAGUCCCACAAAAGUGUGUUAUCUGCUGCUGGUUCAUUGCUUGGUGGAACUCCCAAGAGAGAAUGGGGAUUGCCCUUUCUUGUGGUGAUAUAGGUUCUUACCGGAUUUCUUUGGAGCUGCAGCCGUAGAAGAGGUCAUGAGUGAUUGUAGUGACAUUAAAAUUCAGGUAUUGGUGUUAUUUCUUAUUGCAAGGUGAGUUGCCUUGGAGAUGCAGGAAGAUAAUGUCUUGGACAGUUAAGCCAAGCCAGGCUAAGAAACUUGCCUCUGGCCAUUUGUUUUCACGUGGUAUUUCACCCUUAUCUCCAUCCUCUUUAGUUGCCUGUAUGGUACCCUUGCAAAUUGCAUUACUAGUAACAUCCACGAUGAAAAUAAAUAGUUUUUAAAAAGGAAAUGUUUUUCUAUUGGAUUCAUGUCAGUUUGUGUUUUAACUUGAUGGACAGUUGCAUGUUCACAACUGAUGGGUGGCAACCUGGGAUACAGGACAGAACUUUCUUAAACUGACUUUACCAUCACUCAGUUACACAUUUCACUGUAUCCACGGUGGGCUGUGAACCUGUGCUGGCUGUAAGAAAACUUUCAAUGCUGACUGUAUUGAUGGUUCAGACUUGGUGAAAUUUUAUCUAGGAGUUUUGAGUAGGAGCCUCUAGUUCCUCUUUGAUGGGGGGGGAAGGCCACCAAAAACAUCCACUUUACACAAACAUUAUUUUUAACAAAUGUCGCGCUUCUAGUGUUACUUUACAUCCUCCUGGCUCAAGUUAAAUCAGUCAUCUCAGCAAAUUGUUACAGAAUAAUGUUUUUUUUCUUGCCUGUUAUAACUUCAGAGGAUUGAAAAAAUAUUUAUCCUAUAUUUAAUUAGGUGUUAGCUAAUGCUGUACUGAUGAGCCAAAUGGAUUUUUUGUUUAUUUACAGGAUUACUGCAUUUAAGGAAAGCCCUUCUGUAGGAAGCAAUUGUCACAAUAAGAGAUCUUGAGACAAUUAAAUAGAGUUCUUCAACCUAUAUUGUGCUGACUCUUGCGUUUGCUAAAGCCCAGUGUUUGCUUUAGCUUCUUUGCUUUCUUGUAAGAAAAUUGGCUGAGAUUAGAGGACUGGAGCAUGUGGGGUCAACAGAGGAUGGAGAAAUGACAAGCAGAGGCGCUCACCGAGUCUCCGCUCGGAGUCUUCCCUGGAACACAGUUUGCGGAUUACUGUUGGUAAUGACCGGUAUUGCAUUGGCACGCCGGAGCGAAGGAGGCUGCCUGAUAGACUGGGCUCGCCAGUUGAUAACCUGAGUGACAGGGAUGAUAUGGCUGAUGGCCCAAUAUUCACUAGAGGCCUCACAUGUCCUCGCGGCCUUGAGAGAUACCCAGCACAUGAAGAUCAGCCUUCAAGUCCCUUCAUUCCAAGGCAUGAUGAAGACUACCGCAACCGAGAUGUUUUCCUCCACCGUUCAGAUUACAGUCCACACUAUGGCCGUCGGGAAGAGCUGCCUCGUGGAUCUGACAGAGAUGGUGACAAACUGAGGAGAUCCCCCUACCCACUGAGGGCAGAGGAGAGGGGACGAGAAAUAAAGCGUCCACGGUACGAAAAGGAUGAGAAGAUGCAUGGUGUGAGUGGAGAGCAUCAGGGUUUCUCAUCAGGAACACGAAACUACCGCAGGCGAAGCCGCAGCCGUAGUAGAAGCCUGAGCCCGUCGUACCUGAAUGAAGAAUUCCGAGAGCUUGACCGUGCAAGGAGGAAAAGAGAAGAAGAAGAGCGCAGUAGAAACUUGAAUCAUGCUGUUUCAGGCACUGGCUAUACGAUCCCUGGCUUGACUAGCACAUUACAGACUUCUGAGCCUCGGUAUACAUACAGGCCUGAAGAAAUCCCACCCAUGCCCAAAAAAUCUAUUUUGAAGAAACGAGUAGAGAUGGAAGUAGAUUCUGCUGUUCAGCCCGAGGGCUUUUCAAGCAGUCCAGCCCCCAGCAAGGAUCUUCCUCUUCUUUCUAGUCAGUCUUCUUUGCCCCAGAUCAGCAACAUAGUUCCUUUUGCUUCUGAAGUGGAAAACUUUCUCAAACGGUUUAACAAAGGCUCUCUUGUGGAGUCUUCAAACAAGGAGUUGUGUGAAGGUUUGUGUGAGUGGAACCCCUCCUCUGGGCCUCCUAAAGACACUUUGAUGUUUGAAGAGAAGUUUGGAAGCUUCUUAAGUCACAAAGAAAAUGUAGAACCCAAGUCAGAGCCCACUGAUCGCCAUACUGACUUCCUGCUGCCUCAUGAGAGGGCCAGUCAGGAUGGCAGUGGUUUCUCCCGAAUUCUGGGCAUGAUGGCUGAUUCUGUCAGUGCUCAGGAGAAGAGGAGGCGUAGCUUUCCUGACAUUGAGGACGAAGAGAAAUUUCUUUAUGGUGAUGAAGAUGAAGAGACCAAAAUUGAAUCUCUUCCCAUAGAGAAGCCCCCAGUUAGUUGUGGCAAUGAGAUAAUAAUACAGAAAACGAGCCCACCUCCUUCUCCUGCUCCAGCUGUCAAGAUGGAUCCUUUAGAAGAGCCAAAUGCAGAGUAUGCAAAGAUCCAUGACUUACUCAAAACCAUUGGACUUGACAUUGGUGUUGCUGAAAUUGGAAAACUGGCUGUUCGUACCCAGGAACGCCUUCAUGGCAAAAAGCUGGCAUCUCGUUCUCCGGAUCGUCGCUCUUCAAACACUUGCAGGCUGGAUGCUUGGGAGCUACGCCGCAGCCGCAGUGACACUCGUUCUCCUGAGUCGGGCCAGCAGCGCUCAGCGUCGCCUCCAGGCUCUUUCCAGCAGCCUAAAGAUGCGUCCUCUCUUCAGAAAUCAGACUAUAUGAAGAACAAGCCAGUGGGACAGGAGAUACCUGCACAUGCACCAGAACAGCCUCUUCCUUCUGUCUCUCUCAUUCCUUCAAUUCCACCAACUCCUGCUAGUUUGCCACCUACACCUACUUCUGUUUCCCAAUACCAGAUUCCUAGCUAUUCCCAUUACACUGCUGCUCAAAUGCCCCAAAACUAUCCCACUCCCACAAUGGCACCUCCAGGAUAUGAUGCAUAUGGGCACUAUAUGGCAUAUGCAGCCCCUGGCUGGCCUAUGUACCCCACUGCCCAACAGCCUAAUCCUACGCUACCAGAAGCUCAUGGUCUUCUUACUAUGGCCAUGUCAGCGAACCCCACACGUCCCAAUCUCCGGGUGAUUGAGACAGUCUCUCUGGGAAAGGAUGUCCCUGAUGUAAAAAGAGAUGGUUCUGUGCUUGUUCAAGUCCCUACCACUCCUUCUCAUUCCAAAGCACCCCUUCGUCUGUCGUCACACCCUCUCAAAAAUACCACAGAAAGGAUGUCGGAUGAAAAAAAUCGGGCAGCUCAAAAGCAGAAGGUGAUAGAAGAGAGACAAAAACUGAAGAGUGAUCGAGAAGCACGGCAGAAGAAGCUUUACUAUCUCAAGACUGAAUUGGACAGGCUUCGUAAACAGCAAGGUGAGAUGUUGAGGAAAAAACGUCGUGAGAAGGACGGACACAAAGACCCCUUGUUGGUUGAGGUGAACAGACUACAAGAGAAUAUUAUGAAGGAGAUUGCAGAGCUGCAUAAAGAAUCUGAUGCAGCUGACAAGAAGCAAUCUGAGCUUGACAAAGUAGCACAAAUCCUGGGGAUUAACAUAUUUGAAAAAGCCCGGAAACCAUCUGUGGAAACUAAAGAUUCUUCGGAAAAGAACAGCAAGUCAGAAAAUGCAAAAGGUGUAGAGAAAACAUCUUCCUCCAGCAAGGAAACAAAAACUACAAAUGAAAAAUCAAGAGGUAGAAGCCCGAAGCCAGCAGAAUCCUCUUCACAGUCCUCCAAACAUCCUUUCCAGUUGGCCAAUAUUUAUGAAUAUUAUGAUGCAGGGAACCACUGGUGCAAAGACUGCAAUACCAUCUGCGGGACCAUGUUUGACUUUUUCACACACAUGCAUAAUAAGAAACACAGACAGACCCUGGAUCCUUACAACAGACCUUGGGCUGCAAAGACCCAGAGCGAGACCAAACAAGAGUCCAUAAAACGCAUUGAUAAGAUAACAGUUCCUGCCAAAGGCUCUGAGUUUCUGAUUCCCAUUACUGGACAUUAUUGCCAGCUCUGUCAUGAAUUUUUUGGAGAUCAGAUCUCAGCAGAGCAGCAUGUGAAAAGUCAUCCCCACAAUGAGAAGUAUAAGAAAUACAUAGAUGAAAACCCACUCUAUGAAGAGAGGAGAAAUCUAGACCGUCAGGCUGGAUUGGCUGUUGUUCUGGAAACAGAGCGCAGGCGGCAAAACGAGCUGAAACGGAAACUGGUUGAGAAACAGAAGGAAGAGAAGGAUGAGAAAACCCCAAAAAUUAUAAAGAAGGAGGAAGUAAAGAGCAUCCCUGAGUCUGGAGAAGGGAAUAAUGAAACUCAAGGCAAAACAGAUGCUUCUGGGCGAAAAAUAGGUAUCACGGUCAAGCUAAAGAAGGAAGAUAAGAAAGAGGAGAAGAAAGAAGAAAAGAAAGAGGAAUCUAAAAAGGAAUCUCCAACCCAGACCUCCUUUGGGAAAUUCAGCUGGAAAAAGACUGAGAGAGAGGAUAAAACACCAGGAGCUAUUGCAAAAGAAGAGAAUACAGAAGGAAACAAAGAGGAGAACAAGUGUCAGUCUGUGAAAUCCCAUAUCAAGCCCAUUGAAAUCAAGUUGUCUGGGAAAACUGUUAUUCCACACACUAGCCCAUGGAUACCAGUUAAUUCCACACCGACACCAACAAAAAUUCUCCCCAAUCUACCAGUCCCCACCAUGAUUUUCAGGAAGUCUAGUACUGCAACAGUUAGUAAACCACCACCUUUGAACACCUUUUUAUCCAUAAAAUCCUCUGGAACUACCACCAAACCACUGCCAGUAGUAAAAGAAACAAAUGCAGAUCUUCUACUGCCUCCAGAAAUCAUAUCAAGAGCUUUUGGAGGAGAAGAAGUAAUUUUAAAAGGCUCAGAGGAGGAUUUGAAAGCAGCAGAGAAAAAUGAGUCUUCUCUGACAGCAGAUAGACUACCUCCACCUCAUCCUCCACCAGCAGUCCAGCCGGCAGCUCUCGUCCCUGCAGAUGAAGUAGCUCCAGGUGUGUCUGAAAGUGAACAGACAAUGUUGGCAAUGCCUGUGAGACCACCACCACCUUCAACUGCUUUCAGUGAACAAGCAAAAAAGAUAGAGAAACGAAAUUCUUGCUUGGCCACAGCCAAUGCUAAAGAUCUCUAUGAUAUUUUCUACAGUAGUGGUGGAAAGGGUUCAGCUGACAGCAGGCUUGCAAAUUCUGUGCUUUCAAAUGGAGAAAACCCUAACAUAACAAAACCUGCAGAUUUAUCUGCAAAUCAUAGAACAAAUAGUAGUUCAUCCUCAUUGAAAGAGGAUUCUGAGAAUGUGGAUUCUUCACAGUGUAAUAAUCAAGUGACAGGGAGUUUGGUUCCCGUUGAAAAUCAGGCUGACAUGAACAAGAAAUCACUUCAGCCUCACCUAUCAGAAAUGUUAGUCAUAGAAUUAGCAGAAAAAAAACCUGUUUCUGGUAUCCAGAUGUCUGCAGAAAUUGGACUUGUUGAUACAGGAGGUGGAGAGCAGGCAGGCAGUCUGGAAUAUUGUGCUCUACAGAAAACUGAGAUCCAAGAGAAGAUUGGACAGGAAGAUGGAAAUAGAACUCCAGUUACAAACACAAAUGUUCUUAGCACCUUGGAGACAGGGAUAAAAGACUGGGAAAUAAAAGCAGUAAAGCCUAAACAUAGCCUACACCCAAACACCUUGUCACCUGAGAUGCAGAACAAAAUUCAAAGUUUGGGAAAUUCCCAUUUCAUAGAGGAAAAGUUAAAUGAUAACUGUAAAACUCACUCAGAAACUGAUAGUCCAGACUUGCUCUGGGGCACUUCCAGAACUAGUAAUGGAAAAGAACAGAGAGUCACAACUGAUUCUUAUUCUGAAGGUGGUUGGGAUCUAUCAAAUACUCCAAAUCCAGAAAUAAAAUCUGGUUCUAAUGAGGUUAAUGCUUCAGAAUUGACAGAGGGACAGACAGAAACGAAAAAUACGCUAUUAGAAGCUCAAGAAAAAGUUCAAUUUAAACCUUCAGGCCAUACCAUGUUAGAUAACCAAACCCAGAAGCAGGGAGUUGAACGGUUAGUCAGUACCUGCUCGAACAUUGCUGAACUCAGAUCUGGUCUAGAAUUAGUAGCUGAAAAUGAAAAAAAGUCAUUAGGACACACUGGAUCUGAUGCAAGAGCAUCAGAUAAUCUUCUUUUCAAUAGACCAUUAGAGGAUGUGAAACACAUGAAAACUCCCUCCCAGAAAGCAGACCUUGAGGUGACAAGCACUGAUUUCAAUUUGGGAGGCAAUAAGGUAAAACAUGAAUGUUUCAGCAUCCUUUCAGAAGGACUUUUAAAGGAAAGUACAGAAGAAGUCACAAAACCAGAAACUAUUGCUUCCAUUAGGCUGGAGUCCAGUAAACUUAAAAAACUGGGCAUUGAAAGAACAGUGAAUGAAACAGAGAUUACUGAUUUUACUACAUUGACUUCUGAUAGUUGUGAAGAUAAAAUUUGCACACAAAUUUCUCAGAAACCUAUGCUGCAGCCUGGAUCACAGACCUCAAGUAGUGACACUACAGAAGUGGUCAUGCCGGUUCUAGAAAUGCAGGGCAUUUCUCCCACGUCUGAGAUACUUGUGGCAGUGAAGGAGACCAAAGGUGGCACUGUUGAAAUGCUGUCACUGAGUUGUGACAGAGGCAGCACAGAAAGUCAGGCAUCUGUCUGCGUGGAAACUUUAAUGCCUGGGCUCAAAGAAACACAUGGGAAGGUGGGUGGCUCAGGAGGCAAGGGAAUGUGCACCAUCUGGAGCAAGAAGACUGAGCAAACAGAAGCUCCUGACAGUAGUUUGGAAGCUACAAUGAAUUCAGGAAUUGCUAAAAGCAUAGCAGAAAGCCCAGUGGGUUGAAAUAAACCCAGCUAGUCCCAAUAUUUGAGGAGCCAGAGCUGGGAUUAUGUAUAUGGUUUUUGUUUGUUUUUCUUUUUGCUCCAACUGAGAGUUUUGGGUGUAUUUUGCAUUCUGUGGUAGGACUUCACUAAAGUGAAAUGUAAGUCAUCAGAAGGCAGCCACAUACUUUAUUCUGUACGUAAUUAAUUGUGUAAAAUGCUUUUUCAUGUGAUUUUUUUUUGCCAGUUUCUUUUCUACACUCUGCUAUUAAAAUGGACUCUCAUAGACAAUGCGUACGUCUUCUUUAUUUUGGGGGCUUUUAUUCUUUGACCAUUCCUGGGUGAUUUCCAGCUCACCCAGUUUGUGUCAGUAGCACCGUGAGUAGCCCAGCUGGUGAGACAAGCACAAGAACAGCAAUUUAGAACUGAGGAAAUGGAGACUUGCAGAAGACCUAAACUGAUCAUUUCUUUGAACUGUAAUGCAUGGGUUUGUUUACUUUUUUUGUUUGAAAUGCAAGAAUGUGUUUAGAGUUAAUUUUGUCUGUUUAUCUGUCUCUGUGAUUUGUAAUUACUGUUGUAUUACAUCUGUACUUAAGGUGUUUCACUGUAUUGUAUAAGCACAUGUAUGGAUGCCACAUCACUAAGCAAGGGGAGAAAAUCUGUCCUGACUGGCUUUUGGAGAAGAAAACUAUUCGGUAAGGCUCUGUGGCCUGACAACUGGACCAGACAUAUUGAGGUCACUUACAUGAUUUGAAAUGGGCUUUCUUUCAUUUUAUUGUGAUCCAGUAACUAUUUGUGUUAAAUCAUUUAGCAGCUGACCAGCUCUGAAGAAGUAGAAGAUCAGAACCCUGGUGUCAGGAAUUGGACUCGCUUCAUGUGAUACAGACACAUGCAUGCCUGCCCUGAAUGGUCCUUGAGAUAUUGAAUGUUAUGGUUCUCAUUUGUAUAGCUUGUUAAAGACUAAAGUAUUAAAUGUGUUUCCUUGGAUAAAUAUAACAUUUUUAUUUGUAAAUUGUUUUAAAAAAUAAACAUGGAGGUCAACAAAGCUUUCUUUUUGGUUUUCUUUUUUCCUUAACUCAGUAAAAGUGUUGUUGUUUUUUUUUUUUUAAAUUAGUUUCUGACUCUUGUAGUAGUUGAUAAAAUUGAGAAACUGUAGAGGAUGAAGAUACUCAACAGUUAGCCUGCUCAAUAAAAAACAGUUUAUUCCCAGCUGAAGUCAAUGGAAGAACUACUGUCAACAUCAUCAAUGGAAGUUUGUUUGAAGUCCUGAACCCUGUGUAAAACCAGAGCUGGGGCAUCAGGGGGGGACUCCAUCAGAGCUUGAAUUUCUGUAAUCAGCACAUGGACCUCUGGAGAAGGCAAAAUCAUCGUUUGUCUCAUUUUCCAUGACUGUGUGAGGAAGGUACGAAAUGUUUCUCAGAGUUUUAUGAUGUUUCCAUAUAAGAAAUGUAAGAACUGUCUGAGCUGAAUUUGGAAAUCUAGUAUAAAUGGUCAAGUCAACAAUAAAAAGGUAAUUAAGAAAGGAAGAGAGUUUUGAGAAAAUCUCUUUGAGCUGGUUUUAUGAUGUCAAGCAGUAACUGCAUUGAAUAUAGGAAAUCUUUGUUAGCAUUGUUGCCCUACUUCCAUCAGAUGGCUGAUUGACUGUCAAAACCAAAGCAAGCCAGGUUUGACAUGCUUUGAUAUUUUAAAAUGGAGUUGGGGCAUGAGUAGAGAUUGCUUAAAUCCUGAUUUAUAAAAAAAUCCUUUGUAGUUGCUUCUUGGUUUUCAUCUGUAUUUUUUUCUCAUAUACCUGAGUUUGUUUGUUUACAUUUGACAGAUAAGUUUUUUCCCAUGUUUUCUUUCCAGUUUUUUCAGUAAAGUUCUUCUUGUAAAUCCACAUAGGAGAAGGGGAAUUAAUUUUCUUACCUGCCUUGUAUUGAGAGAUAUAAGUGCAGGGAAGGGAAUUAGUAAAUAUUAAAUUAUUAAAUAUUAAUUUUUCUAGAGUUCUGCACUUUAGAUGGUGCUGUUUUGAAAUACACACAUGAUUUCUGGUUAGUUUCCUUCUGUAGAUUGGUUUUCAUGAAGGUCUCAGUGCAUAGAGUGGCAAACAUUAAUCUGGACAGUGUUCUUCAGACAAGCUUAUUCAAUGCUGUGUUACCUGUGUGGAACUUAAUUUUAAAAAUUAACUUUAUUUUUGGGGAAAGGACAAUAUAAUUCUGUUAUCCUUGUUCUGUACUUUACAUUUGCUUCUACAAGUAGCAGUCGUGGUCAGUGCUGAAGGUGGCUGGCCAUGAAUGGAGAGGGGCUAGCACUAAGAGCAAGCAAGAACUUUGCAAAGGAGAAACUGGAAGUUGUUACCCCAUAUAUGUCUAAAGCUUUCCAGAAUCUGAACUUUCCUGUGGUCUAAAUUAAAUACUACUUCUCUUCAUGCCCUUUAGUCUAUCCCUGAGAGGAGGUAGAGCUCUUUACUCCUGGAAGGAAGAUUAACUUGGUUUCUUUUGGGAAAGAAGUAAACGGUAAUCCUUGAACCUCUGGAAUGGACAAGAAUAUAAUGGGUGAUGUCUGCCAAUCUGGGCAGAUCGGCAGACAAGAGGCAUUAACACUGUAAUUUCAUGAAAUGGCAUGUAUUUUUAUUUAUGUAUUUUUUCUUUCUUUUUUUUUUUUUUUUUCCUGUUUGUUUGGUUUUGGUUUGUUGUUUUUUUUUUUUUUUUCCCUGUGGUUUCCAGAGGCUUGCAGUAAAUGAUUUAUCCACUGUACUCAUCCCCUGUGCUGGCAGAGCUGUAGCAUAGUGCACUGACUGGGAAGCCUAAUUUCAAGGCUGGCCUUCGACUCUUCAAGAUCCUCAGGAGGAGGGGUGAGUUAAUGGGGAUUUAUUUGUCUGUUGGAAUGGUGCAAUACCUUACCUCUCCUUCCUGAUAUACUUCUCUAAAAUCUGCAGAAAGCACAAGAAGCUGCCUUUUCCUGGUUUUCAGAAAGCUUCUGAUAGGAAGGAAACAAAUAUAGUUUGAAUGUUUCUAUUUUUACACUACUUCAAACCAGGCACAAAUACCUAGUAAAUCUAAAGAACAGUGGAUUAACUCUUAAGUGAUUUGAUGCUGUAACCUUUAGUUUGUCAUGAUGGAGGCUGGUACAUCCUUUCUCCUGGAUGAAGUUUGUUGCAAAGCCAAGCUUGAUUAAGAAGCGCUUGGAGAAGAGACAUAGAAAAGCUGCAGUCAUGCUAUCAGUCUGUUUUAAGGCCAGGUGAGUUUUAAAUACUUCUUCCAGUCUUUUUGAAUGUACAUUUGGAAAGGGGAAAAAAAACCUUCAAAUGUUUUAGGCAAAACUAGUUUUUCCUGGGGUAGUCUGUUGUGUAGGUAAGCCUUGCUUCUAGCUUGAGGGAAUCUUGUCUUUGACUAAGUUUUAACUAAGCAGUACAUAGGCUUUUGGGGGGAUUUUUUUUUGUUUUAGAAUUUUAAAUAGUGUGUGAGCAGGUGAGAAAUAUAGCAACCAUCAUUCUUUUAGUAAUUUUUUUACUAAUGUAUUUGUGCUCUAGUGAUAAAAAGUAUAAGUAGUAGAUUAAGAUAUAAGGUCUCUGCUGUUUGGCAGAAUCAUCAUGCUGUUUCUGGAAUCAUCAUCCCUGGAAGUAUUCAAAGGACACUUAGAUGUGGCACUUGAGGACAUGGGUCAGUCGUGAACACAAUGGUGCUGGGUUAACAGUUGGACUCCAUGAUCUUAGAAAUCUUUUCCAGUCUUUGUGGUUUUAUGAUUCCUUAAUUUUUGCCAAGGGUGGAAAUAAAUGCUUAAUACUUAUCUAAGAGAAGCUUCACAGACAACUUAAAUUUUCUCAUGGAAACAGUAGGAAAUGUGGGCAAAUGUAAUUUUUUUUUUAAUCCUGGUAAACCCCAAACAGGUUUUAGAAAUACCUAUGAAAGUAAGUGAUGAUAGCAGAAGAUUUAAAAAAAAAAAAACCACAACCACCCACCAAACCAGUGCAUCCUAAAGCAUGACAAAACUAUAUUUCUUUAGUGCAGAAGGCAGGAGAAGUCACCUGAGACAGGUUUUCAUGUGGCACCUGAUGUAAUACUGUGCUGGUUUAUUAUUCUCUCAGAACAUUACAAAAGGUUAAAGGCAGCAAAAUCAUUCUCUGAGACAGACCUCAGCCCUUUUGUGCCUGUUGCAUGGUUAUGUGCAAACAGCUUACAUGCCAGCAGUGUGGAAGUACAAAGCAGCCAUAAGAUUUAUUUUACUUGACUCCUCUGCUUCUGUCUGGAAAGAAGAAGAGGGAGGUGCAAGUUAUGGUUGCUAGACUAUCCUUUCUGUCAGCUGUUUUCAGACAAUAUGGAUGCAUUCAUGUGUGUAACCAACUUGAGCAGAAUAACGCAGCUGCAGACGGUUAUAUUCUGCCUUAGAGCAGAAAUCCAAGGCUCCACAGUUAGAAUUAGUUUCUGGAUUCUGUUUUCGGAUCCCACCUCCACCUCUUCUUGGGCUGUCAUCUUCCUUGCGAUGAGAAGGCUGAUUACUGUAUCUUAGCAGUUCUAGGCUCUGGUAAAAUGAGUCAAGCUGCUGUUACAAUUCCCAUGAAGCUGUCCAUCAGUGCUGGAUGUAGAGAGCAGAGCCAUUAGAAUUGGCUGGGCAGGUGGUGGAGAAUAGUUGAACACCUGCGGGUAAUAAAACCUGCAUCAGAGCUGCUUCAAGGCAAACAGUAUUUCCUUUUCCAGCAGCCUGACUGAAGAAUCUACAUUUUACAGACAGUAGAGCACACAAAGUAAUGUUUUCAAUUCUUAAUCAAAUACAGUUUUUGUUCAAGAAUAUGCUUUUGUGGGGGAGUUUCAGCCAGAACCUUAGAACACGGAAAUACUACAAGCCAUUUGUCUUACCACCCUGUUUCAUUUGCUUACAAACUUUAGAUGAAUGUAGAAACAAAAUAAUGCUUUAGGAGCCAUGAAUAUAGAAACAAAAUAACACUGUAGGAGGAGCCAUGCCCUUGUAAUAGCUAUCUGGUAAAGAAAUUACAGGGAUGGUCUUCAUAUCAGAUCUCACUCACAUUAGGCUCUAUUCAUAUCAUGUCAGAGAUGAAAAAAGCAGGAAUUAAAUUUAAGUGCCAAUAAUUAGAUGAGAGGAGUCUUGUAGCUAAGCACCUGCAGGAUAAGUAUUUAGACAUGCUUGAUUAGUGGGGAAAAAAAUAUUAAAAGUCCAUUAGCAAAGGAAUAUCUGUCACUGCAUUUUCUCUUAAGAACUGAAAGCUUAAUGCAAUUAAACCCAUUUAAUAUGUUUUUUUUCAGGUACUGUUUAAAUUUCAUGUCCUCUGCUAAUUAUUUUCACAUGUUAUAUUGCUUUACCAAGGUGAGGGAAUGGUUCAAAAUCAGUGUAUCCCUGUUGAGACCAAGCUAGGGUUACAAAAGUAAUUCACGGAAUGAAGUCGUGCAAUGGAUUCAGUUUGGCUGGGUGAAAAAAACAUCCCAUAUUUGCAUUGCUAUAGUCCUUCAUCAUUCACAUUUGAUUUAUCUGGCAUUUGAUACAAGAUACAAGCAUGACAAUUUGCCUCAAGCUGCUACAAUGUUUACAGAAGAGAGAUCAUCCAAGAUAGUAAGUGCAAUUACUUCUCCAAGAGUUGAAUUUGUGGUUCAGAAUACAAGAAAGGCUUACAGGUUGAACAUUUAUUUCGGGUUUGUAAGAUGAAACCUUAUGCUUUGUAUGUUUAGCACCCUAGACUAAAGCAUGAAAUACACAGCUUUUAGUUAUACUACUUCUUACAAAUCCCUUCUCCUAGUGAACUGUCUACAAUCACAGUGUGUUCAUUGACAGCUGUUUUCAUUUUGUAAUUACAUUUGUGUUAUGACCCAUCCUUGAAGGUGAGGUAACUGAGGUUCUUGUUAAUAAUCCAACCCUUGGGGGUUGGAUUACAGUAAAAUGACACUAAAUGACCAGUGUUUAUAAAUAUAAAUAAAUAAAUAAACAUGCCAGGUUUCUUUCAGAACAAUUUGGUUGCAAAGGAUAGGAGGUAUAUAGGUUUGAUUAUUAUCUGUAGAAAUAUAACAAUACAGAUGCAUAAAAAUAACAUGUAAGAAAAUGUAUAAAGAAAAGAGAGAAAGGAUAGGUGAAAGGCCUCAGAAAUUAGUUUGAGGGCACUUUGGGGGUAUCUGUGGUUUAUGACACCUUCUAAGACAUGGCAGCAUAUUUUAUGCCCUGUCUUGAGGGAUGAACACCUUCAGGCCUAUGUGUGAAUGUCCUAUACCUCCCCAGCUAUUCCACUUCCAAAGGGUCUUUUUAUUGGCCUUGUCCCUUAUCUGUCUCAAACCCCAGCUGUAGCCCCCUCUGCACCUGGGCUGUGAGAUGCACAUCCAGCAAGAGCACCCAAGUGGCUGAUUGUUUGAGUCAUUGUCCAUUAACGUUCCAGUCUAACAGCUUGACAAAUUCCUUCCAGACUAGCUGUUCAGCUACUGAAGGGUUUUGGCGCAGAGGGGAGAGAAACAAUUAAAAGGGUCUAAGAUUUGGCAUUGUAAGGGUCAAACCCACCAGAUGCUCCAGCAAGUGGGAUUUUAGGAUGAACAUAUUUUGCUGUAACAAGUCUUUGUCUUUGCCUCUUUGUCUCUUGAUUACUUUCCACAGGAGCUAAGAAAAUGUUAUGUUGAAUUUCCAGACUUCUGGAAACCUGUUCUGAGAAGGUGAGUGCAGAUUUGCAUGACUGGAAUGGUAUCUUUUGCUCCUCUCUUUGGAGGGCACAUUCUUUUUCUUAUUAUUAAUGUGACUACUCAGUGAAACUUUCUCUAUAUUCUUACUGGUUAAAUCUGCUGGUCAUGGGUAUGGCUCUAAUUUAAGUUCUUUUGCCAGCAUCCAAGAAGACUCUGUAUGUGUGGAUUCCUUUCUCGAUUAAAUAGUGUUAUUUUAAAAACAAACAUUAAACUUUUAUGAAAUUA